AUGGUGUACUACGUUCGCUUCCUCAAGACACCGAGGUUCCAGAACCAAAAAGCUGGGGCUGUCGCUGUCUCCGCGCUUAUCUGCAUCACCACGGACUUGGGGGAUGCAUUCCUAGCUCAAGAUGUCGAUUUGCAAGUAACGUUGAGUGCCGAGGGCUCGGAACGGACCUUGUAUCAGGAGACUUUACAGUGGAAAGCAGGGAAACGGGAACUCCCCGUAAAUUUAGGGCCAUUUGCCGCCAAACUCGCUCAUCAAAGCAUCGUUCUGGGCGUCACCGCAGUUGAUUCUCGACGGCCGGGUCUGCCCUGUCCAGAUCAUAUGCUGGACGGCUCCAAAGUGCCUCUGGUCAUGUCUGGCUGGAGCGCACCUUUUGGGGGAUCCCAGUCUUCCGUGGCUGAGAAGCUCGUCGAGCGACGCUUUGGCCCGAAGAACCAGCUAGACCUGCGGAUAUGGGAAGAGACCGGGAACAGCAUUGCCCGACAUAUCUGGGAUGCCGCAAUCGCAUCUGUAAUAUACAUCCAGCAGGCAAUUUCCGGAGAACCAGCGGUGGCCGCACCUAUCCUCCAAGACCUUCUCCAAAGCCAGCGCAGCACUCCUCUUCACGCCCUGGAGCUGGGGUCUGGCUGCGGUAUCGUAGGUAUCUCCCUGGCAGAGCUACUUCCCCACUGUUCAGUUACCCUCACGGAUCUCCCCGAAGUGGAGGAAAUCGUAACAAAAAACAUAGCCGUUGCACACCCUGCUCCUUCAUCUCAUAUCACAUUCCAAACGCUGGAUUGGGACGAGGAGCUCCCCGAGGAUCUAUGUGCUGGCCAUGUGGAUCUCGUCCUUGUCUCGGAUUGCACAUAUAAUGCAGACAGCCUGCCCGCGCUGGUCACCGUGCUGAACCGCUUAGUCCAGAUGUCGCCGGACGUCAUUGUCUUGGUUGCUUUGAAAAGGCGGCAUGAAAGCGAAGAGAUCUUCUUCGGCCUGAUGGAGUCGGCGAAGCUCCAUAUCCUGCAUAAGGACAGUAUGGAACUGCCGUCUCAACAUGACCAGACCGAUCAGAUUGAGCUAUACUGCUACGGACGGAAAAACAGACGUCCUCUUCAGGAUGACAGGCUCGUUGCGACGAGCUGA